UGAUGACUUGGUCUAAUUCUUUUGAUAUGAAAAAUCAUUGGUACGAAAUAAAAGUUUGAAUUGAAAGUUACAAGACAAUUAAAAGAGCAAAAAAAAAAAAAAAAAAUGUUGCUUGCUGUGUUGAUCGCCAAUUCUGAGGGCAAUAUACUCGUAGAACGUUUAAAUGGAGUCCCAACAGAGGAAAUGUUACAUUGGAGAUCUUUCUUAGUUAGAUUGGGAGCAGAAAAUCUUAGAGGAGUCAAAAAUGAGGAACUCCUUGUAGCUUGUCACAAAUCAGUAUAUGUGGUAUACACUAUAUUAGGAGCUAUCAGCAUUUAUGUGGUUGACAAAGAAGAAUAUGAUGAACUUGUUUUAUCAGAAGUAAUCUAUGCUAUUACUGCAAUUGUGAGGGAUGUAUGUGGAAAGCCCCCAAGUGAACGCCUUUUUCUAGACAAGUAUGGAAAAAUUUGCUUGUCUUUAGAUGAAAUUGUCUCAAAGGGUUUGCUCGAAAAUACAGAGAAAGACAGAAUUAAAAGACUUGUGAGGUUGAAACCACCAUCAGAGUUUUGAGCGACUAACGCAUCAAUCCGGCUCAGUUGUUUCAUUAGUGGCAGCUAUGGCUUUAGCAAUUAAUAUACUAUCAUGCAUGCUCACAUUUGCAUAGUUGUAACACUUAAAAUUGUAGUUAUCAAACUUUUAAAAUUUGAUUUUUUUCACUUAUAGUUUUAGCACUAAUUUUUGAAGUCUUUCAUCUUCUCGCGUUUUAGCCCUGGACGCCAGAAGAUGCCUAUAUACAUAUUUGUGUACUAGUGUGCCCGUGCCCGUUCUAUGCACGGGCGAAGAUAUGUUUGCAGGUAAAACAGUUAUGUUUCAUAACUGGAUCCACUAUGAUUAUUUUAUCAAUAAUCUACUCGAAUGUGUGCAAUGGUGUUUCAUAUCU